AUGGCGGAUAUCGAAAAGAAGCAAGCACAGAUCACUGAGCCGGCUGUUGAAGCCACUCCGCCCCCUCCAAAGGCAUCCUUUCUCGACCGUUUCGGAGGUCGAACAAACGAUCCGAAUGUCCUCGGCAAAGAGUUGUUGCAAAAGGCUCUUGAGUUUGACGAAGCUCAACUGGAACGAGAUGCGAUCAAAGUCCGCCGCAAACUUGACUUUAUAGUCAUCCCCAUGAUGAUGACAACCUACAUGUUGAGUUUUCUGGACAAACAGACGCUCAACUACUCCAACGCAUAUGGCCUUCAGGAGGACACCAACAUGACAGGUGACGAUUACACCUGGGUGGCUUCCGCCCUGUACUUCGGAACGCUUGUCAGCGCAUACGCCUGGAACGUCGUCUUACAGCGUUAUCCCAUUGGUAGACUCGUUGGGGGCAUGGUAUUCGUCUGGGCGGGUGUCUGCAUGCUUCAGGCAGCCGUGUUCAAUUUCUCGGGCUUUUUUGCAGUGCGCUUCUUUUUAGGGGUUGUUGAAGGCUGCAUUGCCCCGGCCUUUGUUCUUCUCACAUCCAUGCUUUGGACCAGAGAGGAGCAGGCCCUUCGCACUUCUUUUUGGCUGUCGACCAACGGCGUCUCAUCCAUUCUCGGAUCCUUGCUAGCAUACGGAAGUGGACAUGCGACCCAUCUUGCCAUCGACAACUGGAAAUUAAUCUAUCUGAUUGUGGGCUGCAUGACGUUCCUCUGGGGUUUCGUGGUUCUGCUAUACCUGCCGGACGGGCCCCAUAACGCCAAAAUCCUCACAGAAUACGAACGGAUGGUGGCGGUCUGGCGGGUAUCGAAGAACCAGAUGGGGAUCAAACACUACACUCUGGUUCCUGCGCAGAUCAAGGAGGCGGCCAUUGACCCGAAGACGUGGCUCGUCUUGCUCAUGGGCGCUUGCACAGGGAUUCUAAACGGGGCAGUCGCAAACUUUGCUUCUGCUAUCAUCAAGGGCUUUGGGUUUGAUGCACUCAGGACGACUCUCCUGCAGACCCCUGGUGGCGCUUUCGAGUUGUUCGGGUGUAUGUUCUUUGGAUGGGUAGCUACGAAGCCGAACUUCCUAGGUGCUACCAUUAUCGUCUCAUGCUUGCCCGGCUUUGCAGGUUUAAUCGGGCUACUGACAAUCAAUGAUAAACACCGAUAUGCGCUGGUGGGCUGUACGUGGCUGCAGAAUAUUCUGGGUUCACCGAUCAUCUUGGGCUGGACGGUACCGGGACUUAACGUCGCCGGACACACGAAGAGGACCACCGUGCUUGGCCUUCUUUUCGUAUUCUACAACGCCGGCAACAUCUGCGGGCCCCAUCUCUUCCUACCAGCAGAAGCGCCGCGGUACUUUACGGCCAUCAGAGCAUUACUCGCGACAUACUGCGCCCUGAUCGGCCUGCAAGUGCUGUAUUCGAUCUGGUGCUACUUUGACAAUAAAGCCCGUGACCGGAAAGGCUAUCAUGCGCAGCGAACCGAGGAGCUACUGGAGGGAUUCGAGGACUUGACGGACAAGCAGAACCUGCAUUUCAGGUACAAGAUCUGA